UGACUUUGUCAUAGUUACAUAUUGAGAGCCACAGAAAGCCUAUAACCUAUCAACUACUGCAGUUCGUGGCAGGCGCACACAGUGAGCAGCCUGUUGCUGAGGCCCCCCGAUAGGAAUCAAGACCAAAGAAUCAGCAUGACAGUAGGCUUUAGGAUUUGGAGCACAUGAGAGGGAUUAAAUAAAGUGUCUUGAUUUGUUCCUGAGCUAUAAAGAUGUCCAAGAAGACAAUAAUUGUGGCGCUGGCGAUACUGCUGUUGGCCUCUGUCGCCACUUUUGUGGGUGUCUUCUUUGGUGUGGGGAGAAGGAAGCCUCCGAGUGAGCAGGUGUACUUGAAGGCAGCUGUGGCAGCAGAUGCUGGGCCUUGUUCAGAGGUCGGCAGAGACAUACUGAUGAAAGGGGGGUCUGCAGUUGAUGCCUCUAUAGCUGCUUUGCUGUGUGUUGGCCUUAUGAACGCUCACAGUAUGGGCAUCGGAGGAGGACUUUUCCUCACCAUCUACAAUGCAACAACUGGGGCGGUUGAGACCAUUGAUGCCAGGGAGACGGCACCACGCAACGCAACAGAGAACAUGUUUGGGAACAGUACCGAUUUAUCCCAGAAAGGAGGGUUGUCUAUUGCUGUACCAGGUGAGAUUCGAGGUUACGAGAUGGCACACAGACGACAUGGCAAACUGCCUUGGAGAGACUUGUUCCAGCCGAGCAUUAAUCUUGCAGAAAAGGGUUUCCCUUUGGGCAGGGCACUUGCUACUGCUAUGUCCAGACACAAGAAAACCAUCAUCAAGGACCAAGCCCUAUGUGGAGUGUUUUGUGGGAAAACUGGUGAUGUCCUUCAAGAAAAUGACACCAUUGUAUUUAGCAAGCUUGCAGUAACUUAUAGAAAAAUAGCAGAAGAAGGUCCUGAUGCUUUCUACCACGGACAACUGGCGCAGAACCUUGUGACAGAUAUUCAGAAAGCAGGCGGUAUCAUCACAAUGGAGGAUCUGAAGGAUUAUGUGCCUGUCUUGGAUGAGAACCCUUUAAGGGUGAAUGUGGGGGAGUACAUCAUGGCUGUUCCCAAUGCCCCCGCUAGUGGCCCUGUGCUCUCACUGAUAUUAAACAUCUUGAAUGGGUACAACUUCAACGCAGAUAGUAUGACAAGCACUGAGAAAAAGAUCCUAACCUACCAUCGCAUCGUGGAGGCUUUUCGUUUUGCUUAUGCAAAGAGGACCUUACUUGGAGAUCUGAAGUUUCUCAACAUCACAGAUCUCAUCCAGAAUAUGACUUCAACUUUCUUUGCCGAUGACCUCCGUGAAAAGAUCACAGAUGAUACCACACAUCACAUGAACUACUACGAGCCGGAGUUUUACCUGCCUGAAAACCACGGGACCGCACACCUCUCUGUAGUAGCAGAAGACGGAAGUGCUGUGGCUGCCACCAGCACCAUCAACCAAUAUUUCGGCUCCAAAGUUAUGUCAGGAUCAACAGGGAUUCUUCUCAACAAUGAGAUGGACGACUUCAGCUCCCCGCUCAUCACAAACGGCUUUGGAGUACCUCCUUCACCGAACAACUUCAUCAGGCCAGGAAAAAGGCCAAUGUCUUCUAUGUGUCCAACCAUCCUCUUUGACGAAAACAACAAAGUUAAGAUGGUGGUUGGAGGCUCAGGAGGAACAAAAAUAACAACUUCUAUCGCUCAGGUGAUUCUGAAUGCACUGUUCUUCGACUACGAUCUGUAUAAAGCUGUAUCAGAUCCAAGGCUCCACAACCAGCUGAGUCCCAACACCACUGUAGCAGAGCCUGGCUUUGACAAAGACGUCCUGGCUGGUUUGGCUUUAAAGAACCACGAGACAGAGUUCCUCAAGUCAACAGGAGCUGUGGUGCAGGCAGUGGUUCGGCACGAUGAUGGACUCCAUGCUCAGUCGGAUCCUCGCAAGUGGGCAUACGCCGCAGGGUACUGAGGUCAUAAACACACCUCUGAUUAUGCAAAGAGACUGUAGCUGUGUGAACCUUGACACCAGUGGUACUAGCUGAGAGAUUAGAGACUUAGUAGAGAACCGGGAAUUGUCUUGGCCAGCAAUUGUUUUUAAGUUAGAAUAAAGUUCAUGUUCUUCAUAACACGCAAAUCAGACAACGGAACAUCAGCCUGUUGUUCGUCAUGACUUUGAAAAGGAAGUGACGUAGUCUGAAAUUAAUUCUGAAUAUUGAUUUUAUGUCCAGUGCAUUUUAUGUCACAUUACAUUUCAUGGAACGCACAAGACAUUUGAAUAUUAUUUUAAAUGAUGGUGCCAUUCAGGUAAUUUUAAAGUUGAAAUAGGAAAACAGAAGUACAUGUAAAUGUUUGAACAUUAUUUUUAAUGAAGAUGCUGUUUUAUUCACACUGUGUGUCAUAAAUGUGUACAGUUAUACCUACCUUAUACCUAUUUAUGAAGCACUUUUGUAAAUCAUUUGCAGAGCUGUUCCCCUUUGUUGUCCAUUACCGAUAUAAUAUCUACAGUUAAUUACUAAUGACAGAGCUCUAAAUUAAGGAAACAUCCACGGAAAAAAUAAUCAAGACAAACAUUAACUAACUUACAACUUCACAUAAAACCAUAUUUCACCUGUUCAUGGGGCGUGACAGCAAACAGAUAGAAAGAGCAGGCUGCUGUUAAAAGAAAUGACUAACAGCUUAGGGACAAACAGUCCUACUUAAUAAAUUACAGUAAUUUCACACAACCCAGAGUGCAUUGGCCUAUAAUGACCCCAUAACAACAUUACAGCUGUUGCUGAUCAUUGUCACCACUGGGACUCAGGGCUCUUGUUUUCUCAGCUGGAAUGUAAAUGUGUUACAUAAUUAUUGAAACGUAUACAAUUGUAAAAUUAUAAUGCCUGUCAACUUUUCACUACAGAUGGUUAACAUUCACAACACUUACAUUAUUAGCUAUUGUAUAUGAUAUAUUUAUUUGAGAAUAAAUUAAUGACAAUCUCAGUGAAUGGAUUAAUUAUUUAGUCAUUUCCUACAUUAAUGUUUUUAAUUGCUUUUAUCAAAUUGGUACAGUAGAUAUUGUAGAUAUUUUCUAUUUGUAGAUGUUCUUUUAAAGAAACACUUGAAAUGAACAAACGGUAAUUAUUAAAAGCACUCUUAAUGUAUAAACGUC